AUGAAACAAAUUGUGUGCUCAGGGACGUCUUACGAGAUUGGCUAUACUCAUGGCCAAGACUCGAAGGAAGAAAUAAAACGGAGUAUUGAGCUAUAUGCUUCUUUAUUCUGGAGCAAAAGUGGAUUUCAAUGGCCUCAGGUCCAAGAAAUGGCCAGGGAUUUCCAGGUCUUAAUUCUCACAAAUUGGCCACGUUACUACGAAGAGCUGAAAGGUAUUGCAGACGGAGCGGAGAAGGAUAUUCUUGAUAUUAUCGCCUUGAACGUACGCACCGAAAUUGUGUUCGGACGUUUUAGUGAUGGCUGUACAAGUGCAUACUGGAAGCAGGGGAAUGUGGCUUAUAUGGGUCAAAACUGGGAUUGGGUGGAGGACCAACUCCCUAAUUUGAUCCAACUUACCAUCUUCCAAGAGAGCUUGCCUACCAUCAAAAUGGUCACAGAAGCUGGAAUUAUUGGUAAGAUUGGUCUCAAUUCAGAGGGGGUGGGUGUUUGCUUCAAUGCGAUACGUGCAAAUGGCGUCGACAAAACUCGGAUUCCAGUCCAUCUUGGAUUACGAAUGGCACUCGAAAGCAAGACUGCCGAAUUAGCAGUCGCAAAGCUGGAGGCAAUUGGUAUGGCCAGCUCAGCGUAUAUGGUUGUUGCUGAUACGAAAUCUGCAAUCGGACUUGAAUUUACGUCAACAACUUUUCUCAAUGUACCAGUUAAUAAGCAUGGCUUCUUAGUUCAUUCGAACCACAUGCUACUUUGCCAUGAGAAUGUUUACGCGCCUAAGUGGCUAGAAGACUCCUAUACGAGAUUGGAGACCAUGGGACAAAGAAUCCUUGAAAAAAAGGAGUUGUCCAGAGAGAGCUUUAGCAGUCUCUUUGAAGAUGAGUAUGACUUUCCAUGCUCUAUAAGUCGGGCGCAAGAGGGAGCUAGUGAUUUCGCAACACUUUUCAAUAUUGUUAUUGACUUUACGGAGGGGGUGGCAGUGGUUAGAGAAGGAAGGCCAACUGGUGAGAGGACUAGUCCGACAAUGCGCUUGCACUUGAAAAAUGUUAAGUAA